AUGACCGCCUCAUUUGUUAUAGGGGUGUUGGCACUUCAGGGUGCCUUUGUGGAACACUUGUCCCACUUGUCUCGCGCUGCUGCUGAGUCACCUAUUCUUCAAAAGUACAACUUCUCUUUCAUCCCGGUUAGAACUACCGACGAACUCUCCAAAUGCCACGCUUUGGUGAUUCCGGGAGGCGAGUCCACCGCCAUGUCGUUGAUUGCUGAACGUACACAGAUGCUCGAGCCGCUUCGGCAGUUUGUCACCGAGAAGCCAGUGUGGGGCACCUGUGCUGGGCUCAUUUUCAUGGCCUCCUCCAUCACCAACGCCAAACCUCACCAACAGGCGUUGGGAGGGCUUGCAGUGCAAGUUGCCCGGAACGCCUUUGGGAGACAGCUCGACUCAUUUGCGUGCAACAGUGACUUUAGUUCAUUUGCUCCUCAGCUCAAGUCCUUCAAUACCGUUUUCAUUCGUGCUCCCGUGGUCACUGCUGUGGAGACCACCAAAGGCCAAUGGAAAGAAGUGGGGCCUGAGCUUGAUCACAAAGCGAACUUAGAGGCCGCUGUAGUUGUGGACGCCAAAUGUGCCAAUGAAGCACCAGUGAAGGUUUUGCACGAACUUGAAAACGGCUUGGUCGUUGCCGUUCGCCAGGGUAAGCAUUUGGGUACCUCGUUCCACCCAGAACUUGCAAAUGAUGCUCUGUUCCACGCCUGGUUCCUCGAGGAGUUUGUAGUGAAAGAGUACGUCAUGUGA